AUGCGGCCGCGGGGGCAGGACGGCCGGGAGGAGGGCGGCCCGGAGCCGCGAGCCCCGGGAGCAAGCGAGCGCGCGCGGCGGGUCCCGGCGGCACUCACCGACCCUCGGCGCCAGGGCGGCGGCGGCCGGCGCGCUGCCCUCUCGCGGGGUCCCCUGCCUCGGGCCCGGCUGCGCUCGGCCUCUCGGCGGCGGCGACACCGACGACCCCCGCUGCCGAUCCCUCCUCUCCACCUGAGAAUGUGCAGGAAUUUAAAACUUCUUCUUUGGAAGAAUUUUACCUUGAAGAAGCGGAAGCCUCUGGUCACCGUGCUCGAGGCCCUCGCGCCGCUGCUGUUCUCCGCGAUCGUCAUGUACCUUCGCCUCCACAGUGCGCCCAGGAAACGGCCUCCUUUGAACCACCUCGCCACCAACAUCAGUUUGCUGCCAGCGUUCUUCUACUUCCCCACGCAGGCUAAAUACCAGCUCGCGUACGUCCCGUCCCAGAGCCACGCGCUGAGGGCUGUCACGGAGAUGGUGCAGGAUGCCUUCGACGUUGAGUUUGAAGUUCUAGGCUAUUCUUCAGUGCCCAUCUUUGAGAAUUACAUAAUCCAGGAUCCCAAAGGCUUCUAUGUGUGGGCUGGAAUUGUCUUGGAUCACAGCUUCAGGGACAGCAAGCAGCCCCUGCCACUAAAUAUCAAGUACCGCCUGUGCCUGAGCAGCGUGCACAGGAGCCCCUUGGCCUUGAAGGUCGCCGCCUACCAUGAGCGCCUGGAGGGCUGGUGCAAGGGCCUGCGCUACCCUCUGAACCCGAGCCAAGUGCCCCGGGCCUUCGGACAUUUCGACGGGGGCCUCCCUGGAUACAGCAAGGAAGGCUUCCUGACCCUACAGCACGCGCUGGACAAGGCCAUCAUGCGGCACCACGCCCACAAUGCCACCGCCCAGAUGUUCCAGGAUCUCACGGUGCUGGUGAAGCAGUUCCCCCACAGAGCCCACAUCCAGGACACGUUCUUGCUGGUCCUGCAGAGCGAGUUCCCUCUCCUGCUCACGCUCAGCUUCCUCUGCCUCGAGCUCAUCAUCAUCAAUUCCGCGGCCCGGGAGAAGGAGAAGAGGCUGAAGGAGUACAUGUGCAUGAUGGGGGCGAGCAGCCGGCAGCACUGGGCCGCUUGGUUCCUCACGUUCUUCAUCUCUGCCCUCUUCGCCGUCUCUCUCAUGACCGUCCUCUUCUGCACGCAGGUGAACGGUGUGACGGUGUUCAGAAACAGCGACCCUAGGUUGAUAUUCGUUUUUCUACUGUGCUUUGCCACGGCCACCAUUUCCUUUGCGUUCAUGAUCAGCACAUUCUUUCAAAAAGGCACGGGUAUGCGGUGGAAAACUAUCGGCAGCGUGAGCGGGGAGUUUAACUUCUCAGUGUUGCUGCUGCUGCUGCUGGACGCUGUCCUGUAUAGCGUGGUGGCCUGGUAUGUGGAGGCCGUCCUCCUGGGCGAGUAUGGUGUCCCUAAGCCGUGGUACUUCUUUGUCAUGCCGUCACACUGGCGCGGAAGUCCGUGCCCCUCACAUGGUCCGUGCUCGACAUUGGGGGACCCCAGCAAACCUGCGGAAAGCAAGUUCUUUCAGGAAGAGCCCACCAGUUUGGUGAAGGGGAUUGAAAUCCAGCAUCUCUACAAGGUGUAUGACAUGGGACGGGACAGCCACAGAGUGGUCAAAGAUCUGACCAUGAACCUGUACCAGGGGCAGAUCACCGUCCUCCUGGGACACAGCGGAGCCGGCAAAACCACCCUGUGCUGCAUGUUGGCAGGUCUUAUUCCCCCUUCAGGUGGAUGGGCCUAUGUCAAGGGGUAUGAAAUUUCUCGCGAUAUGGCUGAGAUCCGGAGGAGCCUGGGCUGGUGCCCCCAGCACGAUAUCUUGUUCCCAGACCUCACCGUAGACGAGCAUCUUUCUUUCUAUGCUCAGCUGAAGGGCUUGUCCCGUCGGAAGUGCCCCGAGGAAGUCCAGCAGACGCUGCAUGUGCUCGGCCUGGAGGACAAGCAGGACACCCUGAGCAGGUUCCUGAGCAGGGGCAUGAGGCGCAAGCUCUCCAUCGGGAUCGCCCUCAUAGCGGGCUCCAAGGUGCUGAUGCUGGACGAGCCCACCUCGGGCAUGGACGCCCUCUCCAGGAGGGCCAUCUGGGACCUCCUGCAGCAGCACAAGAGCGACCGCACCGUGCUGCUGACCACGCACUUCAUGGACGAGGCUGACCUGCUGGGGGACCGCGUGGCCAUCAUGGCCAAGGGGGAGCUGCAGUGCUGCGGGUCCUCGAUGUUCCUCAAGCGGAAGUACGGCGGCGGAUAUUAUAUGACUUUGGUGAAGAAACCUCACUGCAACACAGAGAAGAUCUGCCGUCUGAUUUAUCACCAUAUCCCAAACGCGGCUUUGCAGUCCAGCAAGGGAGAAGAAUUAACAUUCAUUCUUCCUAAAAAGGACACACACAGGUUUGCAUCUCUCUUCACCGAGCUGGAAGCGAGGUGGGAGGAGCUGGGGGUCGCCAGCUUCGGAGCUGCGGUCACCACCAUGGAGGAGGUCUUCAUGCGGGUUAACAAGCUGUCAGACAGCAACACAGAUGUCCAAGCCCUCAAGAUCUCCUCCACGCAGUUCCAACAAAGAGUGUCUGUCAGCGGGAUUAAACGCAUCCAGUCCCAGAUCUUCUCAAUGCAGCCGGGCCUGCCCGUCCAGCUGAACACGGGGGCCCGCCUCAUCUGCCAGCAGUUCUACGCAAUGUUCCUGAAAAGGGUCACGUACUCUUGGCGCAACUGGAUGUUGAUGGUAACCAUGCAGGUCCUGGUGCCGCUGGCGAUCAGAUUCAGCCUGGCCUUCCUCAGCUUGGAUACGCGCAUGGAUGAGGUCCCGCUGGAACUGACCCUAAAAACAUACGGUCGAACCACCGUCCCCUUCUAUAUUUCUCCCAAUUCCAGGCUGGGUCUUCGGCUUUCGGAAUAUUUUACAAACAUGCUUGAGGCUGAGGAGCAGCUCCCUCUGGAGACCCUGGGCUCCGUGGAGGACCUCCUCCUGCGAAAGGCAGAGGAGGAGCCAGAGGUCUUUGAUUACAAAUACGUUGUGGUGGCUUCCUUUGAGGACUCAGGGAACCACACCACGGUGACGGCACUGUUCAAUAACCAGGAGUACCACUCGCCCGCCGUGGCGCGGGCACUCGUGGACAACGUUCUCUUCAAGCUGCUCUCCGGGGCCAGAGCCUCCUUCACAGCCAUCAACCACCCUCAGCCCCAGACAGCCCUGGAGGCCUCGGAGGAUAUCUUGUACCAGGGCCCGAAGGCACACUUCCUCAUCACCAACUUGCUUUUCGGAAUAGCGUUCUUGUCCAACUCCUUCUCCAUCCUGACAGUGAAAGAGCGGUCCACGAAGGCCAAACACCUCCAGUUCACCAGUGGCCUUUACGUGGCCACUUUCUGGCUCUCUGCGCUACUGUGGGACCUCGUCACCUCCUUUGUCCCCAGCCUGCUGCUGCUGGUGGUGUUUCUGUACUACAAGGAAGAAGCUUUCGCGCACGAGGGCAACAUCCCGGCCGUUCUCUUGGCGCGCACGCUCUACAGCUGGGCCAGCACCCCCUCCGUCGACCUGGCCGGCUUCUGCUUACGCUAUGACGGCAGCGCCUUCGUCAAGCUCUUCAUCACACUCACCUUCCUGAGCAUCUGCCCCAACAUUCUCGCCUGGGUCACAAGCCAAAAAGAGCUGGGCUACGUGACAUUGCCGGACUUCUUGGACCGCACGUUCCUAUUGCUGCCAGGCCACUGCCUGGGAAUGGCCCUCUUCAACUUACACUACAACUACGGAAUCCAGAAGCUAUGCAAAGCCAGGAACCUGGACCAGCGGGAGUGUAAAAAGUUUGUGAAGGGAUACACGGUCCAGGAGAGCAUCUACGCCUGGGAGCCUCUUGGGUUGGGGAAGUACCUGACGGCCAUGGCCAUCAUGGGCUUUGUGUACCUUGUCCUGCUCUUCCUCGUUGAAACCGACGUCUUGUGGGGGCUGAAAGCCAGGUUUCCUGACUUCAACAGGAAGCGACUACUGCCAGGAGCCUGGAAGGAGAAGGCGUCCAUGCCCGUAGACCAAGACGUGGAACAGGGGGCAAAGAUGGUGGAGACGUAUUUGGAAAAGCUGCGUGCGGAAAACCCACUGGUUCUUAGAGAAGUGACAAAGGUCUACAUGCAGAAGGUGCCCCUGCUGGCUGUGAGCAAGAUCUCCUUCGCGGUUCGAGCAGGAGAGUGCUUCGGGCUUCUAGGCAGCAACGGAGCUGGGAAAACAUCCAUCUUCAAAAUGCUGACCGGGGAAGAGCCCAUCACCUCUGGGGACGCCUUUGUUAGGGGCCUCAGCAUCAGCUCUCACCUGAGGGAGGUGCGGUCCCAGAUCAGCUACUGUCCUCAGUUUGACGCCCUGCUCAACCACAUGACGGGCCGGGAGACGCUGGUCUUGUACGCCUGGAUCCGGGGCGUCCCUGAGUGCCACAUCACUGCCUGCGUGGAACAAAUUCUUGAUGACUUACUCAUGCACGGGAACACGGACAAGCUGGUGAAGACCUACAGCGGCGGCAACAGGCGGAAGCUGAGCACGGCUGUCGCCCUGCUUGGGGAGCCUUCGGUCAUCUUCCUGGACGAGCCAUCCACCGGCAUGGACCCCGUGGCCCGGCGCCUGCUCUGAGACACCUUGGCCCGGGCCCGCGAGUCCGGCAAGGCCAUCGUCAUCACCUCCCACAGCAUGGAGGAAUGCGAGGCCUUGUGCACCCGGCUGGCCAUCAUGGUGCAGGGUCAGUUCAAGUGCCUGGGCAGCCCCCAGCACCUCAAGAGCAAGUUCGGCAGCGGCUAUUCCCUGCAGGCCAAGGUGCGGGGCGACGGGCAGCAGGAGGCGCUGGAGGAGUUCAAGGCGUUUGUGACCCUGACCUUCCCAGGCAGCGUCCUGGAAGAUGAACACCAAGGGAUGGUCCAUUACCACCUGCCCGGGGAUGACCUCAGCUGGGCCAAGGUGUUUGACAUUCUGAAGCAAGCCAAGACGAAAUUCAGACUGGACAACUACUGUGUCAACCAAGUGUCUCUGGAGGACAUUUUCCUGAGCUUCACCUGCUCUGCGCAUCCAACCAAAGAGGAAAACAAACAAGGGUCCAGGGGCCUAACAGGGGGGCCGCUCACACCCCGGGUGCGGCCGUCCGUGUACUUCCCUGCCCCCUGCGGCAGAAUGGGCAGCGUGGCUCUCGUGUGCGCCCGCCCGGCUGCCCAGACGACCCAGGGGCCGGCCGGAGGGGAGGGGGGGCUGGCUAGGGGCGCGCACGGGUGA